AUGUACACAUCGCCCGUCGCUCUUAUUAUUAAGUACUUGUUUUAUAUAGAAUUUGUUUUGUCAUUAAUUGGAAGUUUAUUAUUAAUUAUUUGUGUAUUAGUAAGAGUAGCUUUUUUAACUUUAUUAGAACGAAAAGUUUUAGGGUAUAUUCAAAUUCGUAAGGGUCCUAAUAAGGUAGGUUUAAUAGGAAUUCCUCAACCUUUUUGUGAUGCAAUUAAGUUAUUUACUAAGGAACAAACUUAUCCUUUAUUAUCAAAUUAUUUAAGAUAUUAUAUUUCACCAAUUUUUUCUUUAUUUUUAUCUUUAUUUGUUUGGAUAUGUAUACCUUUUUUUGUUAAAUUGUAUUCAUUUAAUUUAGGUGGAUUAUUUUUUUUAUGUUGUACAAGUUUAGGAGUUUAUACUGUUAUAGUGGCAGGUUGAUCAUCAAAUUCUAAUUAUGCUUUAUUAGGAGGGUUACGGGCAGUAGCUCAAACGAUUUCUUAUGAAGUUAGUUUAGCAUUAAUUUUAUUAUCUUUUAUUUUUUUAAUUGGGAGAUAUAAUAUAGUUUAUUUUUAUUAUUAUCAGAUUUAUAUGUGAUUUUUAGUUAUUUUAUUUCCUAUAGCUUUAGUUUGAUUAACCAUUUCUUUGGCUGAAACUAAUCGAACUCCAUUUGAUUUUGCUGAGGGAGAAUCAGAAUUAGUUUCUGGGUUUAAUGUAGAAUAUAGAAGAGGAGGAUUUGCUUUAAUUUUUAUAGCUGAAUAUGCAAGAAUUUUAUUUAUAAGAAUAUUGUUUUCUGUAAUUUUUUUAGGUUCUGAUGUUUUUAGAUUAUUUUUUUAUGUAAAAUUAACAUUUAUUUCUUUUGUUUUUAUUUGAGCUCGUGGUACUUUACCUCGAUUUCGUUAUGAUAAAUUAAUAUAUUUAGCUUGAAAGUGUUUUUUAUCUUUUUCUUUAAAUUAUUUAUUAUUUUUUAUUGGGUUUAAAAUUUUAUUAAUUUCUUUAUUAUAUAAUUAAAUUUAGUAAAGUUAAUAGAAAAUUAAAUUCUAUCUUAUGUUUUCAAAACAUAUGCUUAUUCAAGCUCAUUAACUAAUUAAUUUAAUAGAUUAUCUCAUCAUUUAUUAACUAAUGGGUUAAUUAAAUAAUAUAAAAAAUAAACAACUGUUAAAAUUUGUCCAAUUAAAACAUAAGGUUCUUCAACUGGUCGAGCUCCAAUUCAUGUUAAUAAAAUUACUGUUACUACUAUAACUCAAAAUAAAAUUUGGUUAAUUGGGUAAAAUUGAAUUCCUCGAAAUUUUCUUAAGUUAGUAAAAGGUAAAAUUAUUAAAAUUGCAAUAGAUAAAACUAAAGCAAUUACUCCUCCUAAUUUAUUAGGAAUAGAUCGUAAAAUAGCAUAUGCAAAUAAAAAAUAUCAUUCUGGUUGAAUAUGAGCUGGAGUUACUAAUGGGUUAGCUGGAAUGAAAUUAUCAGGAUCUCCUAAUAAAUAAGGAUUAAUUAAUACUAAAGCAAUUAAAGCAAAAAUUAUUACAAUAAAACCAACAAUAUCCUUAAAAGUGAAAUAUGGGUGAAAUGGAAUUUUAUCAAUAUUUGAGUUUAAUCCAAUAGGAUUAUUAGAUCCUGUUUGGUGUAAAAAUAAUAAGUGAAUUAUUGUUAUAGCUAAAACAAUAAAAGGUAAAAUAAAGUGAAAUGUAAAAAAUCGAGUAAGAGUUGCAUUAUCAACUGCAAAUCCUCCUCAUACUCAUUGUACUAAGUCUAUCCCUAAAUAAGGAAUGGCAGACAAUAGAUUUGUAAUUACUGUUGCUCCUCAAAAUGAUAUUUGACCUCAGGGAAGAACAUAUCCUAUAAAAGCAGUUCCUAUAACUAAAAAUAAAAUAAUUACUCCAACUAAUCAUGUAGGGGUAAAUAAAUAUGAACCAUAGUAUAUUCCUCGUCCUACAUGUAAAUAAAUGCAAAUAAAAAAAAAAUGAUGCACCAUUAGCAUGUAGAGUUCGUAAUAAUCAUCCAUAAUUUACGUCACGACAGAUAUGAUUUACUCUAUAAAAAGCUAAGUUUACAUCUGCUGUAUAAUGUAUAGCUAGAAAUAAUCCAGUUAAAAUUUGAAUAAUUAAACAUAAUCCUAAUAAUGAUCCAAAAUUUCAUCAUCUUGAAAUAUUAAUAGGAGCUGGUAAAUCUACUAAUGCGUUAUUAGCAAUUUUAAAUAAUGGGUGGGAAGUUCGUAAAGGUUUAUUCAUUAGUUUAAAAUAUUAUUCGUAAUGGUCCCUUAAAUAAUUUAGUAAUUUUUACAACAACAAUUAAAGUAAUUAAUAAAUAAUUUAUUAAUAAAAUUGUGAUAAAAUUUGUUGGAAAAUUAUAUAAUUUAUUUAAUGAUAAAGAAUUUUCUGUUAGGUAUGAAUUAUUAUUAAAAAUUGAAAGUAUUUCAUUAUUAUUUAAAAAAAAAGAAAUUGAAGUUUUAUCAAUGAUAAUUGAAAUUAAAAAUAAACUAAAUAAUAAAAUACCUGAAAAUAAAGUUAAUUUAAUUGAUAAAUUAAAUAUUUCAUUUGAAGCCAAUGAUGUAACAUAAAUAAAUAAAACUAACAUUCCCCCUAAAAAAAUUAGAAAUAAAAUAUAAGAAUAUCAAAAUGUUUUAGUUAUUAAACCUGUGAUUAAACAAAUAAAAACUGUUUGAAUUAAUAAAGUUAAUCCUAUAGCCAAUGGGUGAAUUAUAUUUGAAAAAAUAAUUGUUGUUAAAAAAAUUAAAGAAUAUAGUAUUAAUUGAAUAAUAUCAAGAGGUAGUUUAUAUAAAAUAUUAAUUUUGGGGAUUAAUGAAAAAGAAUUUUCUUUUCUCUUGAAGUUUUAAAAGAAAUAAUCUUAUUUUUGAUUUACAAGACCAAUGUUUUUAUUAAACUAUUAAAACUAAUGAUUAUAAUUUUAUAUUGAAGUUUACCUAUAAUUUUAUUUAUUUUAGGUUUAUUUUGUUUUGUUUCUAAUCGAAAGCAUUUAUUAUCUAUAUUAUUAAGUUUAGAAUUUAUUGUUUUAAUUUUAUUUUUUAUAUUAUUUAUUUAUUUAAAUAUAUUAAAUUAUGAAAGUUAUUUUAGAAUAAUAUUCUUAACUUUUAGAGUAUGUGAAGGAGCUUUAGGUUUAUCAAUUUUAGUGUCUAUAAUUCGAACUCAUGGAAAUGAUUAUUUUCAAUCAUUUAAUAUUAUAUAAUGUUAAAAAUUAUUUUGUUUUUAGUAUUUUUAUUACCUGUGUGUUUUAUUAAUAAUAUAUAUUGAAUGGUACAAGUUAUAUUAUUUUUUAUUAGUUUUAUUUUUUUAUUAAUAAAUAAUUUUAUAAAUUAUUGAUCAGAAAUUUCUUAUUUUUUAGGUUGUGAUAUACUUUCAUAUGGUUUAGUAUUAUUAAGAUUAUGAAUUUGUUCAUUAAUAUUGAUGGCUAGUGAAAGUGUUAAUAAAUAUAAUAAUUAUAAAAAUUUAUUUUUAUUAAAUAUUGUUGUUUUAUUAAUUUUAUUAAUUUUAACAUUUAGAAGAAUAAGAUUAUUUAUAUUUUAUUUAUUUUUUGAAAGAAGAUUAAUUCCUACAUUAUUUUUAAUUUUGGGGUGAGGUUAUCAACCAGAACGUUUACAAGCUGGAGUUUAUUUAUUAUUUUAUACUUUAUUAGUAUCUUUACCUAUAUUAAUUGGUAUUUUUUAUGUAAUAAAUAAAACUGGUUCAAUAAAUUUUUAUUUAAUAAAUAAUUUUAUAUUUAAUUAUGAUUUAUUAUACUUUUGUUUAUUAUGUGCUUUUUUAGUAAAAAUACCUAUAUUUUUAGUUCAUUUAUGAUUACCUAAGGCUCAUGUUGAAGCUCCUGUUUCUGGUUCAAUAAUUUUAGCUGGAAUUAUAUUAAAAUUAGGUGGCUAUGGUUUAUUGCGAGUUAUUUCUAUUAUUCAAUUAAUAAAUUUAAAAUAUAGAUUUGUUUGAAUUAGAAUUAGAUUAGUAGGUGGGGUAUUGGUAAGAUUAGUAUGUUUACGUCAAACUGAUUUAAAAUCUUUAAUUGCUUAUUCUUCUGUAGCUCAUAUAGGAAUUGUAUUGUCUGGGUUAUUAACUAUAACUUAUUGAGGAUUAUCUGGUUCUUAUACUUUAAUAAUUGCUCACGGUUUAUGUUCUUCAGGUUUAUUUUGUUUAGCAAAUGUUUCUUAUGAACGUUUAGGAAGUCGAAGAUUAUUAAUUAAUAAGGGUAUAUUAAAUUUUAUACCUUCGAUAAGUUUAUGAUGAUUUUUAUUAAGUUCAGCUAACAUAGCUGCUCCUCCUACUUUAAAUUUAUUAGGUGAAAUUUCUUUAUUAAAUAGAAUUGUUUCUUGAUCUUGAGUUUCUAUAAUUAUAUUAUCUUUAUUAUCAUUUUUUAGAGCAGCCUAUACUUUAUAUUUAUAUUCUUUUAGUCAACAUGGAAAGUUAUUUUCAGGGGUUUAUGCUUUUAGAAGAGGGAAAAUUCGGGAAUAUUUAUUAAUAUUAUUACAUUGAUUACCAUUAAAUUUAUUAAUUUUAAAGGGAGAAUCAUGUAUAUUAUGAUUAUA